AUGCGCACUAGCUGCACACUCCAGCCCUGGCUCCGCCCCCUCCCUGACGUCACCCAGGAGGCGGGGAGCGUCUACAAGGAGCAGACAGAGGCGGAUGCGGAGGGGGUGGAGGAGGGGAAAACGGAGGAGGAGGAGGUGGCACGGCGGGACGGCACCUCCCGGAGGGCGGAGCGGAGGGACGGCUGCAGUCAGGUGACCAGAGCCCGGAGCCCGCUGGACCUCGGGAGCCGGCCGGGCUGGAGAGCCCUAGCUGCUGUGGUCGGAGCUGUCUACCUGCUGCGUGUGAAUCCUUUCAUCCCCACCAUGGUCUGGAAGAACUUUGGCUCCACUGUGCUUGCUGCUGAGAACUUCUCCAGCUGUCCCAACGGCUCCCCUUGGAUCUGGGAUGUGUUCAAUGAGUGUGCCCAGGACGGGUGGGACAUAGCCAGCGUGGUCCUGGGCUUGUCUUCCAUAUUCUGUUUUAUUGCUGCUACCUUCCCCCAGUACAUCAAGGCCUGCAGGACGGGCAACAUGGACCAGGCGAUCUCCGUUUGGUUCCUGUUGGGUUGGCUAGGUGGAGACUCCUGUAACCUCAUUGGCUCUUUCCUCGCCAAUCAGCUACCUCUGCAGACCUACACUGCCAUCUACUAUGUGCUGGCUGACCUCCUAAUGAUAUCUCUGUACUUCUACUACAAGUACAAAAACCGGCGCUCCUUAAUAUCAGCCCCCAUCAAUGCAGCCUUCCUCUUCAUCUCCUUCGGGGCAGUGUCAGCCAGCCCCCUCCUCCUCCAGCUCAGCCCCUCAGCCCCACAGGAAGUCUUCCGGAGCAGGACCCUCCUGAAUAUAGAGCUCACAGAUAAACCCUUCACCAAACAGGAGAUCAUUGGCUUCACCAUCGGCUCCAUCUCCAGUGUACUGUACCUGAUGUCUCGUCUGCCCCAGAUAUAUACCAAUUUCCAGAGGAAGUCCACCCAAGGUAUAUCCUACUCCCUCUUUGCCUUGGUGAUUUUGGGUAACACGAUGUACGGGCUGAGUGUGCUCCUGAAGAAUCCUGAGGCCGGGCAGACCGAGAGCAGCUUCCUGCUCCACCAUCUCCCCUGGCUUAUCGGCAGCUUGGGCGUGCUGCUGCUGGAUGUCAUCAUCUCCAUUCAGUUCCUCAUCUAUAGAAAGCAGCCUUCCUUCCCUGAGAGAGAGCCCCUGCUGGGCCAGAGUCCCAGCUGAUGGUGUGCCAGGGCCAGGACCAGGAUGGCCAAAGGACCAGGCAGACACCGAGGCAAGGAGGGGAUCAUGGAAAGAAGAUGGAAGUGCUGCCCACCCCCCCGUCAGGAUGGGCUUAAGUGCUAAGGAAGGAACCAGCGUUGGUGGGGCAGAGGGGGGCCCUAAAAGCCUCCUGUCUCUUGCUGUCCUCCUGCCUGAGUCUUCUACCCUCAGAUCUCUGAAAACCUCCGUGAGCCUGCUCCCCUCCUUCUGUGAGCCAGGACUUGCCUCUCCAGGGAGCAGACCCCACUGGCACCCCAGCUUGGACCUCAGGCUCCCAGACAGAGCAGGAUGGGCAGGAAUUUGUGGUCAGAUACCAGGAUGCUUCCCCUCAGGCCCUUCCUCGGCUGGAUUACACUCCCCCCGACCCCUGACUUCCCCAGGGGCUGGCCUCUGGUCCCCACAACUCAACUAGCAGUUUCUCCUUCCCCUACAUUUUACCCAGCACCAAAUUUACUAGUAAAAUCCAUC